AACUCCAGAGACGGAAAAGGUCACAUACACAGCUCCAAUCUUUCAUUCCAAUCUAUUUUAAUCAGCUGUGCUCUCUUCCCAGCAUCCUUCUCAUUUCAUCAUGAUUAUUCCCCAAGGUUGGAGAACUAGGUUGGUCGCAAUGGAGCGGACGGAGGCUAUGGAUGAGCGGUUUGAUUGAGGAUGAAGGGUUAGUCCAUGCCAAAAACUCUCUUUUUUUUUUGACUGAUGCACUUUUAAACGUACUUUUCAGCUUCCAGUUCACAUGCUACAGGCAUAUCACAACUUUAGGCAUAGGUAAACAAGAUCCACGUGAGAUUUAUUCAAGAUUUAUAGAGUAAGACACCACCUCUCGCAUUCGCACGCCAAUCCGUGAGCACAGGGUGUCACCGCCACGCGGCUCCCCACCUGCUCUCACACCUUUCCUCAGUCAGAGAUCACAACUGCAACUCUCCAGCUGUCUCUCAUCGGCGUCACGAGCCGGCGAAGCUGCCAACAGCUGUUUCUACUCUUUUUUUGGACACUUGUCUCUCUAUUUCUCGCUAAUUCCCUCCAUCUCUUUCCUCACCGUGUCACUGACACCAUCUUUAGUUUGACCCUCUUUGCCAGGAAGGGAGAGGGAGAGAAAUGCCAUCACCACAGCAGGGUCUUCAGCUGCCACACAAGUAGACUCACACAAGUGUUGAGAGAAGGAGAGAGAGACAGUGCGAAAGAUAGAAAAGGCCAAAAGGAGGUGAGAGGAAGCAAAGGCGAGAAGAGGAAACAAGAGGAGGCGGAGACGCACAGCUGAAGAAUGUACAGCUUGGGGUCGGGCUCGGAUGCAUCCAGACGGCACAGGCUCUAGGAGGCUGAAAUGGCCACUCCUCAAGGGUGCUGGGGUCCCUCUCUUCAACUCCUCUUCUUCUUUCAUCUGUUACUCAAUGUAGUGCCUCCCUGUCUGGGACGUCCAUUCUUUGGCCCUCCUUCGGUCAACGUGGCUGUGGUUUUCAGUGGUAUGGCCCACCACAGUGAGAUCAAGGGCCGUCUGAGUCCAGAAAACUUCCUAGACAUGCCCCUGGAAGUGAACCCCAUCACCGUGCUUGUGAAUGACACUAACCCCAGGGCAUUACUCACACGUCUCUGUCAGACUAUGGCAGCAGAGAGCCUCCACGGAGUGGUGUUUGAAGAUGACGUGGACUCAGAAGCUGUGGCACAAAUCUUAGACUUUAUCUCCUCUCAGACGUCCAUUCCCAUAGUAGGCAUCAGUGGAGGUUCUGCAGUUGUCAUCCCACAUAAAGCUGAAGGCUCUACCUUUCUCCAGAUGGGAUCUUCUAUAGAGCAGCAAAUAAAUGCAAUGUUCAAAGUGAUGGAGGAGUACAACUGGGGUAACUUUGUGGUGAUCACCAGUUUGUAUCCCGGCUACGAGACCUUCGUGGACUACAUUCGCUCCUUCACGGACACCAGCUACUUCCUGUGGGAGCUGCAGGAUGUGCUGAGCUUCGAGAUGUCCGUGGGGGCCAAUGACAUCCGCACACGUAGGCUACUACAGCAGGUGGACUCGCAGGUAUAUCUAGUGUACUGUUCCCACGAGGAGGCGCAGUACUUGUUCAGGAUGGCCUCUGAUGUGGGGCUUCUGGGGCCUGGAUACAUCUGGGUCAUCCCCAGUCUGGCUGUGGGGAACCCUGAAGCGUCCCCUCCUGACAGUUUCCCAGUGGGCGUCAUCAGUAUUAUCACAGACCGCUGGAGGAAAACACUGCGCCAGAGGGUUCGGGAAGGAGUGGCAGUCAUUGUAAAAGGGGUGUACAGUUUCCACAAGCACAGAGGAUUUAUUCCUGAGGGUCACAGUGACUGCAAUAGUCCUGCCAAAUUGAAUGCCAACAAUUCUCUCUUCAGGCAUAUGCGAAAUGUGUCAUGGGAGCAUAAGGACCUCUCCUUCAACGCUGAUGGCUAUCUCACUAAUCCUUCCAUGGUGAUCAUUGCUUUGGAUCGAGAGAGACACUGGGACAAGGUAGGAAACUAUGAGGGAGGGAUUCUGCAGAUGCGUUACCCUGUAUGGCCCCGUUAUGGGAGCUUCCUGGAGCCCGUAUCUGACAACCGCCACCUGACCGUGGCUACCCUGGAGGAGAGGCCUUUCGUCGUCGUGGAGAGUGUUGAUCCUGCCACGGGCACUUGUGUGCGCAAUACUGUGCCGUGCCGUCGGCAGUCCAACCGGACUGAAAGUAUAACCGGUCACACUGAGCCUUACACCAAACUCUGCUGCAAAGGCUUCUGCAUAGACAUCCUAAAGAAGCUCUCACGCACAAUCAAGUUUUCAUAUGACCUUUAUCUGGUCACCAAUGGGAAACAUGGCAAGAUGGUCCGUGGCGUCUGGAAUGGGAUGAUUGGAGAGGUCUUCUACAAGCGUGCAGAUAUGGCAAUUGGCUCUCUUACCAUCAAUGAGGAGCGGUCAGAGAUUGUUGACUUUUCAGUGCCAUUUGUGGAGACUGGGAUUAGUGUUAUGGUGGCCAGAAGCAAUGGAACAGUCUCACCUUCUGCCUUCCUGGAGCCUUACAGUCCAGCCGUGUGGGUUAUGAUGUUCGUAAUGUGCCUGACUGUUGUGGCAGUCACCGUGUUCGUCUUUGAGUACUUCAGCCCUGUUGGGUAUAACCGGAGCCUUGUCAGUGCCAAAGCCCCUGGGGGUCCAACCUUCACCAUUGGAAAGUCCGUCUGGCUCCUGUGGGGAAUCGUCUUCAACAACUCUGUUCCUAUUGAAAACCCCAAAGGCACAACCAGCAAAAUUAUGGUCCUGGUUUGGGCUUUCUUUGCUGUCAUCUUUCUCGCCAGCUACACAGCCAAUUUAGCUGCCUUCAUGAUCCAAGAGCAGUACAUUGACACAGUGUCUGGACUUAGUGACAAAAAGUUUCAAAAACCCCAGGAACAUUAUCCUCCUUUUCGCUUCGGGACAGUCCCAAAUGGCAGCACCGAGAGGAACAUUCGAAGCAAUUACCCUGACAUGCACACCCACAUGAUAAAAUACAACCAGAAGGGUGUGGAAGAAGCUCUCAACAGCCUUAAGACAGGGAAGUUGGAUGCCUUCAUAUAUGAUGCAGCAGUUCUUAAUUAUAUGGCUGGCAAGGAUGAGGGCUGCAAGCUGGUCACCAUUGGUAGUGGGAAGGUGUUUGCUACCACAGGCUACGGCAUUGCUCUGCAGAAGGACUCCCGCUGGAAGCGCCCCAUAGACCUGGCUCUCCUCCAGUUCCUGGGAGAUGGGGACACACAGAGACUGGAAACAGUAUGGCUGUCUGGAAUAUGUCAGAAUGAGAAAAACGAGGUCAUGAGCUCUAAACUAGACAUAGACAACAUGGCAGGUGUUUUCUACAUGUUGCUCGUGGCCAUGGGCCUCAGCCUGCUGGUCUUUGCUUGGGAACAUCUACUUUACUGGAAACUGAGGCACUCUGUCCACAAGUCUGAUCACUUAGACUUUCUACUGGCCAUCAGCAGGGGCAUAUACAGCUGCUUUAAUGGCGUUGAAGACUUUGGCAGAUCUACCAGCAUACAGAAUCCAGAUCUCACUGCCAAUUACGCCCAGGCCAACAUGCUGAAAAUGCUGCAGACAGCCAAGGACAUUGUCUCCUCAGCCAAAGUGGAGAACUCAUUGGAUAACGCCACCAAGACCAUUGAGAACUGGAGCAGACACGGCGGCAGCCUCCCAGCACGUAUCCCACUGGUGACCACAACUGAAAAGGUCCCUGGUCACUUCUCAUAUAUCACUAACGUCACGGAGAACCACAUACCUCACAUGCAGCGUUCCAUAACUCCACCUUUCACGCAGCACAUCAAAACCACUAGCCCACCACCGAUGGUAAACCAUAGAGUUCUAACACGGCCCACUCCUCUUCGCUACACACUUCCCGCCAGGACCAGGGGUCUCUACGACGGUAUGCUUCCUGUAUCCAGUCUAAGCACACCUCAUCUAGCCAUGCAUGAUCCUCCAUCCGACCUGGCCCAUCCUGGUUCUUCCUUUGUUCCAUAUAGAGACAUGUACACCGAACACCACAAGUCUUGUCACAAUGAUUUGUCAGAUGCCGUCAGGAGGAAAAAGAGACCCCAAAAUCUCAUUGUGGAGUCCAUGGAUCUGAGGGGGCUUCACGAUUAUAAAGACCAAUCAACAUGUCAUACCGAAGCAAACAGUUUUGCUGAAAACCACCUGUCCUCUUCCUUCGGCGAAAAUCCUUUUGUAGCAGCGGACACAGCUUGUAAUUCCUGUGUCAAAACGUACUUUGACCCUGCGUUCGAUGACAUACCGUUGAUAGGGAAAAGGAAGCUUCAUCGCAGACCGUCGUUUCUGAAAGCCACUUGGGGCCCCGACAGAGUCCGGUUCCAGAAUGACAGAUCCACAGCAGCAGCCUCCUCACGAGGAGCUAUACCUGACCUGUUCCCUUGUGUGGAUGUACACGGACGGGUGAGGAACACCAUGUGUUACGCCCAACCGAUGGAUCACACCUCCCUUCACGCCUUCCGGCGAAACACCAGGAAAAGUCAGAAGCUGAGACACAGCCAGUCCACCAGGCUUCCCACCUACAAGGAGGCGAUUUUCCACAAUGUGGCAGCUGUCAGGAGAGCGUCAAGUUUGGUGCAUAGACCCUAUUCCUACCCAGAGCUGCCAGUCUACCAGAGCCCCCUGUCAUAUGGACCAGCUGAAUUAUGCAACAUCUUCCCCUGUAUGGGACAUCCUAGUGACAGUGUAUAUGGAGGGUAUAGGGUACCCACACACCUACAAGAUGACCAUCUAGUGCCUGUUCCAGGCAGCAGGGUGGUUCAUACCAGCCCUAUUGUGCCCAUGACAUGGGGCAGAAUUUCCAGUUUGGAAUCAGAGGUGUGAACUUGUCCUUCCAUGUGCCAAUUAUAAAUUAUUUGGCCCACAAGCUUCUACUGACCAAUACAAUUACUUUGCCUUUAACGCGAGCAGAAACACAAACCAUGAUACUGGGUUUAAUUUGU